GUGCCAGCCAGCCAUCCAGUGACGGACUUCAUUUUCAUCAUGGCUUUACGUUUUCAAAGUGUGUCAUAGAAAAAACGUAUUUUUCUCGUAAUUUCAGUAAAAUCAAUUGCAACUGCUAGCUGCAAAUCGUUCCUCUGCCCGUAGUGAACGCGACAAUCAUGGAUUUUGGCAAAUUGUUGAGCGUAGCUCAGCGUAAUGCGGCCACCACGGAACAAAAGUCCGAGUCCCGCUACUACUCGACCAAGUUUGCGCCACCCAAAAAGGAAUGCAAGGAGAAAAAGCUCUCGGCCAACAUCAAGAAGUUCCUGGCCAAAAAGGAACAGGAAGAACGUGAGCGUGCCCUGGAGGAGAAACGCAAACGUGAAGAGCUGCUGGCCCAGCGGGACCCGAAGGCGAAGCGAAAAAUCGAAAAAAUGCUUAAGGUGAUCAAGUCGGCCAACAAAUCGGUGCUGGAGGAUGCCGUCGACAACCAGGACACCGCCUUGACGCUCCAGGGUCCAGACCAACCGGACGAAGACGACUACGGGUACACGUCGAAUGUGGCCUCGCACUUCUACCAGCAGCUGAUGGAGAAAUACAAGAACACACCCGAGGAGAAGAAGUUCAAGGAUGGCGAGAAACGCACAAUGUCUAAGGAGGAUAUCGAUCGAGCAAAGACACGUGUCAAAGAUGCUCUCAAUAAAGCACACGAGGAAGAGAUGACUCCAAAAAGCAGGAAGCGAAAAGAAACUGCCGCCGAAGAAGAAUCACCCGAAAAGGCUUCCGGUAGCGGUGGUAGUGGAAAACAUUCCCGUCAUAAUCGAUAUGAUCCUGAGGAGGAACGACGAAAAGAGGCGGAAGCAAAGGCGAAGGAAGAAGAAGAAAGGAGGAAAAAGAAGGCCAAGCGUCCAGCUGGACCGGCGCCACCGGAUUUCGCCACGCUGCUCAAGCUGGCUGAACAGAAACAAUUUGAACCAGUAAAGGUGGAAGUCCCGGUGGAGAAAAAAGAACCGGAGCGAUUAAUGACGAAAAAGGAAAAACGCGAGUACGAAGAGCGGAUCGCUUAUUUGGAGCAGAAAAAAAUGCGGGAUCGAAUACGCAAUGAUCCAAAACUUUCGGAGAAAGAGAAGCAAAUCAGGCUGGCCAGAUUGAACGGAGGAAGGGGGCCGAUGGAGGGUAAAAAUGUAACUUCUGGUAACAGUAGUAGCAAUACUUCGUCACCCUCAGCCAAGCCAGAACCAAUAAAAAAUGUCAUGGCUCCUAAUGGACGGAUUCCUAAGUUGAACUCUUCUAGCACAAAGACGCCACCUCCGCCAUCCCGGCCAGACGAUCGCCAGACUCAAUCCCAACAAGCAGCUUCUGAUUCAGCCUCGAAAAGCAAACUAGAAGCUGCUUUGACCGCGAAAAAAGCCCCAGCCGUUUCUCAACCCAUCAAAGAUCAACGCAAACCAGUUUCUACAUCCCAGACAAAUGGCGCCAGUCACAAACCUUCCUCUUCUUCUCAGUCAAAACCUGCCAUGGCAAAACCAUCUUCCUCCGUAAAAGCUACCGCACCCACGAACGGACAGAAAACGCGACCAUUCCCGCCCCAGUCUUCGGCAGAACCGUCACAAAAGGCUCGUCCUAUGCCUCCGCAACAAUCACGUCCCUUCCCGCCAGCGGAUGUACAACGGAAGCGACCGGCCGGUGGUGGUGGCCCACCACCACCCAAAAAACGCCGCCCCGUGAUCGAUAGUGACAGCGAGUACGACUCGGAAAUGGACGAUUUCAUCGACGACGGCGACGAGGAGGAGGAUUACUCGUCCCACAUCAAGGCCAUCUUCGGGUACGACCGGUCCCGCUAUCGGGACGAAGACUACGACGAUCGUCAGAUGGAAUCCAGCUUUGCCCAGCAAAUGCGCGAGGAGAUGAUCAGCAAAAAGAUCGGCAUCAUGGAGGACCUGGAGGAUAUGCGUGCCGAGGAGGAGGAAAAGCGACAGAAAGCGCUGAUGAAGAAAAAGCAAAAAAUUAAAGGCGGGAAGUGAGGCUCCCCCCGGGAGAAUUAUUAUCGAGUUUUAACUUUUGUUCGUCUCUUUAUCUCUACUAUUUAUUUUAUAUUGCGCUUCUUUUCUAUCGUACUUUCUUCUAAUUUACGAUUAGUCUAAGUGAUAAUAUUCGCAUAUCUAAAACAGUCUCCCGAGAGGAACGAUUUUCGCAUGUUCUAGGAUUGGUUCCGCCGAACAACUGCGGUAACGAUUUCUAAUAUAAGAAAAAAAUAUACACUGGCAAUUGUGCAAAAACAGCGCAUCUAACGCUGAUGAAAAACAUACUUAUUUAGUACAUAGUAUAGGUAGAUCUGUUGAGGUAACUUUUA